CAGAGAUUUUGAGUGGGUGUGUGUUUGUGUGUGUAACGUCGCGCUCGUGCCACUAGAGGGCUCAGCUGUCUCUCUCUCUGUGUGUGUCAGACAGUCAGUCAGUCAGUCAGUGUGUGUUUGUGUGUCUUCGGGUCUGCAUGUGAGUUUUUAGGUUCGUUCAUCAUGUCCUCCGCGGGUACUGCAGGAGCUUGCGGGCCCGGACCGACACCGGGACCGAAUCACGGCGCGUCAAACCCGCGAAAAUUCAGCGAGAAGAUCGCGCUGCACACGCAGAGACAGGCGGAGGAGACCGCGGCGUUUCAGGAGGUCAUGAUGGACCUCACAUCCACACGGAUUCAGGCACAGAAGGUCCGAUUAUCCAGAAGUCAGGGCCCGUAUUAUGGCGGAUCUCUGCCCAACGUAAACCAGAUUGGCAGGAACCCAUCAGAAGUGCAGGGCUCGUUUCAGGCUCCCCUGGAUGCCAAUCGCUCCACACGACAUCAUGGUCUGGUAGAGAGAGUCCACAGAGACAAGCGCUUCAUCUCCCCCAGCAGACCCUACAGGAGACACAUGGACAGCUCUCACAGCGGCUCUAUGUAUCUGUCUCCGCCCCCUGACCCCAGCUGGAGAAGGAACUGGAACAGUAACUUUUCCAUGGACAAGAGCCAGAUAUUCCAUCAGCUUCCUACCACAGCACUCAACAGAACAAACUCAGACUCAGCGCUCCACACCAGUGUUAUGAAUCCACCUGCUGGUGACUCAUUCAGUGGAGGACAGAUGUUCACUCCGCAGGGCAGACGUGGUGUGUUCUCGUAUCCUGUUCCUCCCAUCGAAGAGAACGGUCCUGAUGAAGGAGCUCUCCUGAAACCAUGGGACUCCAGAAAGCUUUUGAUGUUGUCUUCAAGACCAAAAUCCUGUGAGGUGCCUGGAAUCACUGUCUUUCCCUCUCCAGACCAGCAGGGCGGCUCUCCUCACGCAUCCACAGUGUUAAAUACAGGCGGCUCACUGCCAGAUCUGUCCAGCUUGCAUUUCCCGUCACCGCUGCCUACGCCGCUAGAUCCCGAUGAGCCCGGUUACCCGUCUCUCAGCGGUGGCAGCAGCACGGGUAACCUGACCUCCACCCUCACUCAACUGGGCAUCAACACCCACAACACCUUCCAUUCUCCAGGUUUAUUGCCAUCUCUGCAGGGUACGCUGAGUAACCCCUCCCUCCAGUCAUCGCUUAGCAACCCCAACAUCCAGUCAUCUCUCAGCAGUUACUCGUUCCCCAACUCGCUCAGCUCCGCCUCCCUGCAGUCAUCUCUCAGCAACCCUUCCCUCCAGUCCUCGUUAAGCUCCUCCCCUUCAAUGAGGUCAUCGCUCAGCAAUCAGUCAUUGCGGUCUUCUCUCAGUAACUCCUCCCUCAGCAGCCAGUCCCUCCAAUCGGCAGCCAGUAACAGUUACGGCGGCGGACCGUGCGGCUCGCUCGGACCCGGACAGCCGCAGCAGAGCACGUCGCCCCGCAGGCGAGCGCUGCCGCCCCCUGUGAUUCUUCCCUCGGAUACGCGCAGACAUCACCCCAAACAGUUCUCGCCUACUCUCUCGUCCACCCUAACCAGCAUCACGCAGGGUGUACCUCUUGACACCAGUAAGCUGCAGGUGGAUCAGAGAUUGUCGCAGUAUUCUUACGGGCAGCCGCAACAGGGUCAGAAGUCUCUCGGUUCUGCGCAGACAGAGAGUCACGCGUAUGCGCAAACCACGCAGCUUCACCUGCACAACAUGCAGAAUCUGCAGAAGACGCACAACUUUAAUAUGCAGCCGAAGCAGAACCCCAUGAGCUACGGGUCAGCAGACAUGAUGCACACGGGCGUCUCAGCGGAGCAGCAGUCCGAUCAGCAGAUCAGUCAGUCGCUCAGCAAUGAACUGGACUUUUAUAGUGAUACCUUGUUUCUCAACUCUCUGCUGGACGACCCGUACCUCACCCUGCAGUUUACUGGCCGACAGAACCAGAACCUCAAUCAACAGAUGGGUGAUGUCGGUUCUGGUGCCACAGUGAAGGGUCAGGACAGUUCCUAUCAUAACCAGCAGGGGGCACUGGAGACCACAGGACCACAGCUGCUCACUCAAAACCAGUGUCAGAGUUACACAGACGGACAACACCCCGGGUCCAACAUCAUCCUGACAGGAGAUUCUACAUCAGGACUGUCUAAAGAGAUCACCAACGCCCUUGCGGGUGUACCAGGCUUCGAAAUGGACCCGUUUUCCUCUGACGACACGCUGCGGAUGGACCCGCUGGCGCUGGAUGGUCUUGGCAUGCUGACAGACGGAGACCUGAUGCUGGCCGACCCGGCGGUGGAGGACUCCUUCCGCUCCGAUCACCUGAAAUAAGGACUAGGGUGUUUGGAGAGAGUUUGUGAAUGUGUUCAUGUGGCAUCUCCUCUGUGUGUUCAGGAACAACAAGGCGCUCGCUCGUUUGUGUGUGUGUGUGUCCGUGUGUGUGUAAAGUGAGUGCAUGCUAACUAAAUCACUCAAGCCGUGCACCUAAACUGUGAGCAUUCCUCCUUUAAUUUGCUGUGUUUUUCAGAUCUGUGUAUCAGACCCACCAGGUUCAGUCACUGACAUCACAGUCAGGGCCGUGCACAGAGAGCUAUUGCCCCUCUCACCAACCACCAACACCGCUCAAAGUGUUUUGAUACCGCUCCGCUAAAGAGCCACUGAUUUCGAUAAUCCACCUUGUGUUUUCCCGCCUGCUCCGCAGCAUCUUUCACAAUCGUUUUGCUCUCCGACAGUUCCCGAAAUGAGUUGCAUUAACAGGUGGAUUGAUUACAUUACCUAGGGUGACCAUACGUGCCAUUUUUCCUGGACGCGUCCUGGCCAUUUGUUGACUACAUACGCCAUUCAGUUAAAAACAUAAGACAUAUAAUUGUAGUGUCAUUCUUACCUUCAAAUGUAACUUUCGCGUCUACCGCGCCUAGUUUGCCGCUUGAACAGUUUGAGUGCAUUCGCGCGUCUAGAGCGAAGUAGACACGCUGAAAAAGCAAGCAUUUGAUACGCCUCAGAGGCAAAAUCCGCUUCUUGUGGGGGGGCAAGUGCUAUGCGGUUGUCUGUUUGCGAGAUGGCUGAUGUUGAUUGUGCAUUUAUCGAGAGUUAUCGGUUUUGUAUUUAGUUACCUUACUAUAGGGGCAAAAUAAACAGUGUGGAUCGAUAAACGUCACGUGACUCAAAAGUGAAAUUUGUAUUUACAACUUACCAGGUUGCCCAAUAUCCUCACUGACACUCUUCCAAGCGAGGUCCUUUUUAUUCCUGUCUCUAUAGAAAUAAGAUCUUGUCGUAUAGCUCCGGGUGACUGCUCACCAACAAUAUCAAGCGUUCCUUCAUGUUGAAUGAGUGACUCCUGGGCGGGACUGCCGCCACAGCAGCAAGCAGCCUCCUGAUUGGUUAACGUGGCCUGAAACUCCGCCAAAGUUCAAAUUUUUCAACUUUUCAACAAAUUCGCGCAAAAAGCACCAAUCGCGCGUUCCGCGCCAGACGCUCAAUUCGUUCCAUUCGCGCAAACUAGACGCACGAAUGAGGCGGAAUUGCGUCUGCCGCGCCAAAUGCCUCAUUCUCGCUGCGAGUACAUCAUAUAAAAUAUUUAUCAGUUUAUCAUGCUUUAAUUCUUGUUAGUAAGUAUAUUCCCCAUUAUAAUCACUUGUCUUAGUUGAUACUAGUAAUCUAUAACACAUCAUAUUUAUAGGAUUUUAUCCAUAUUAAUAGUACCACCCCCUUAGUGCCUUUUUUUUGUUUUAGGUCACUGCCCCUCAAAAUGUCUGUGCACGGCCCUGAUCACAGUGUCAACCACAGAUGAACAAUCACAAACCAGACACCAGUUUCUGACUGUAAGAUCUAAACAAUCCUCACCAUCCUAAAGGAGCUUGAUUUCAGUUCAGGGCCAACAGAAUUUAAUCGAUGCAUUUUCUUACUUUAAUAUAACAGUGGUGGGGGUUCAUUUCCAGUAUACCAUUGUGGCUCGAUCAAAAUAUCGAUGUGUCGCUCGAGGUGAUUCUGUCGGUCUGUCUGUCUGUCUGUCCAGGGUAAACUGGGACAGGGCAGGAGAAGUGUUAGGAAAUAAUCCAUAGUCAUGUUUGAUCUCAUCAUCGUACUACCAUACUAGUAGUAUGUCAAUGAUCUGUAUGCAUGAAACACUCAAUAUGCCGUAUAUGAGCAUGGUGUGUGGAAUACUGUAUCCCACAAUGCAAUGCGCUCAACUUAACCUACCAUCCAGUGUGAUAAAUGAACGGUAAUAUAAACUCUUUCUGCCUUUUGUAAAUUAAUCAGACUGCCAAAUGUUGCUAAAUAUAUUUUACACAAAUGACAACUGGACGCCACUUGCAACUUAAAACGAUGUGAUCAUAUUUAUAAACCGUGUCGAUUUGAGCUGUUUUUAUGAUUUAUUGUGGGAUAAUGCCUCAUUUAAAGAGCAGUAUGCAGUAUAUACUGCACGGUAUGAAGUAUGUAGUGAACUGAUUGAUUUCAUUUCAAACACAGCUGGCACCUUGAUGAGGUACCUGUAGUGAGACAAGAUGAAACGAAUGAAUGUGUCCCAGCAUCAGUGUGUGUGUGUUCUCCUGGCUGGUUUCCUCGUUUUGUGUUUUUGAAAUGACCAAAUAUUUGUGUGUAUAUGUGUAUAUAUAUAUAUAUAUAUAUUUGUAUGUGUAUUGACUCUCGUUUUUGUUUGUGUGUCUGAUACAAUCAUGUGAUCAGGUUUACUGGAAUCCUCUCGUCUGCACUUGCCGCUUGUAUUUGCACGAAUAUUCUCUCGAGCAAGGCCAUAUUUAAUAGAAAUGAUAUUUUUAUGUAAGUAAAUAAUGUGCACUGUAAGAUUUAUUUUUUAAGAGAGUUGCUAUAUGUGCAUACGUGUAUUUGCAUUUGAAAAUAAGCAAUUUUAUAUAUAAAGGAAGAAAAGCUGCAGGUUUGAUUAAUGGUUGGGUCAAACCUGUCACAUGUCAUUUAAUUCAGCUCUUAAAGAUCAAAAACAUCUUGUGUGAACUGGACACAAGAGGAGAAAGUGUAUUUCUAGCCUUGUUAUUGUUUCAGUAGCCCGCUGCCUUUGUGUUGUGUGUGUUUGAGUUUGUGUUUUUAUUCAUCAGCAGUGUGUUGUGUAUGAUGUUUGACCGUCUGCUGUGCUGCACAAAUGAUUUCUACAGGAAUUGGGCUUUAAAUGUCACAGUGCCUCAACUUUUUUUGGGAAAUCAGAGCGUUUCUGAAGCUCAAGUGUGGGAUUUUAGAUUUGGGUUCAGUGGGAUUUGUGACGUUAAAUUCAGCGCAGGACGCUGCUGGUAAAACAUGGAGUUAUGAGCUUCACUUUACAUUUGAUUAUUACCAAAUUUUAAAUCAGAUGCAUUUUAUAUGGAGGAAUAUAUCAAUAACUAACAUAUAGCAUAAAAUAAUCCAUGUGUUUUCAUCAAAAUACUUUAGUCCUUCUAGCCCCUUUAAUAAAGAUGAAAUGAUAACCUAACUCGGCAUGUUAGCGCAGGACACGAGUGUGUUUUUAAUAUAUUUUAAUGUCAUGUUUAUAUGCUGUUUCACAUCUGCUACUGCAUUGCACUGUGUAAAAUAAAGCUGUUGAACAGCUACAGACUCUUAUAUCCCCAAAAUGACUCAACUUUGACCUUCUGUUAUUAAUGCUUUAGCUUGUCAUGAUGGUAACUUGGCCCAGCUUUUGUCUUGGUCAAAUAUGAAAGGAAAACAAAAAAGAUUUCUAUUUUAUGAUGUACUUUUACAGUUGUUGUUUAAUUUUUGUUAUAUUGAUAACCAGGGAAAGCCAGUUGUAAGUUGUAAAUAUGUUCCUAAAGCAUAUUAUCUUCUAACAGAACAUUUUUUAAGACUGUAUCCUCACCAUAUUUUACAGAAAAAUAAAGAGUUUAGAUGAA